CACAAAAAUUUCAAUCUCUCUCUCUCUCUCUCUCUCUCUCUUACAAGAGUAGGAGAGAAAUAGAUAAAAAGGCAGGUGAUCGAGAAGGAGGAAAGCCAUGUCGAAUCCUGAAACAUGCUUACCACCAGGUUUCAGGUUCCACCCAACAGAUGAAGAGCUGAUUCUUCACUACCUGAAGAAGAAAGUGGGAUCGAGCCCAUGUCCGGUAUCCAUCAUAGCAGAAGUAGACAUCUACAAGUUCGAUCCAUGGGACCUUCCUGCUAAAGCGGCGUUUGGUGAAAAAGAGUGGUACUUCUUCAGCCCAAGAGACCGUAAAUACCCGAACGGGGCUCGACCCAACCGAGCGGCUGUGUCUGGUUACUGGAAGGCGACGGGAACAGACAAGCUGAUAAUGACUAAAGGAAGGAAUGAGAAUAUAGGAGUGAAGAAGGCUUUGGUUUUCUAUGAGGGUAGACCACCCAAGGGUCUAAAAACUGCUUGGAUAAUGCAUGAAUAUCGACUUUCAGAGUCUAACUCCAUCAGAAACAAGCCCAUCAAGUCCAAAGAUACUUCUAUGAGGUUGGAUGAAUGGGUGCUAUGCCGAAUCUACCGGAAGGGCCUUCCUCUAUCAACAUACUCACAACAACAAGAGGAUCCUUUGAUUCAAGAAAUCCCCAACCAAACCAACCUCCCUAUCCAAAAAUCAUCCUCUUUCUCUGACCUCCUUUCCUCUGCUGAUUUCUCCCUCCUCUCUCGCUUCCUCUUAGACAACCAGUCCGACUCAACGCCUUCCCAACUCACUCAUAUCUUCAAUAAUUCCAUUCUCUACCAACCCAAUAACAACAGCAGCAUCACCACCAACAACAAUCACAACAACAACAACAGCAGCAGCAGUACCACCACCACCACCAACAACAAUAGCAGCUACUCACUUCAACAAGUAACCAUGGACAACCAGUUCAACCCACAGCCACCAGCACCAGUGACGACGACAAUGACGGGUGAGGGUGUUCUUUCACACCCAUGUAAGAAAUUCAACAAUACAUGCACCUUUACCAACAUGAUCAAUCACUUGGAUACCUCUCAGUACCACCCUUUGUUCAAUCAUCAACAGAUACUCUUGAAUUCUCAUCUUCAAUUUCAAUCAAUGUAAAAGAUUAAAAAAAUAAAAAAAAAGAAAAGAAAAGAAAGAAAAAGCUCAUACCUAGUUCUAUGAAAUGGGUGGGGUCUUUCUCUUUUGUACAAAAAUGAAAAAAAAGUGAAAAGGAAGAUGAUUUGGGUUUGUGAAAGGUGCCAAAAGCAUAGGUAUUAAGACCUUCCAUGGUAUCAAAAGCUGAUACCAUUUUGUAAAAGGGAGGAAACAGAUAAUUCUUAUUUGGCUUUUGAUUUGGGAGUGUGGGUCUGUACAUGUAACUUGUUUGGCUUUGAAUAUUAACAUGUUUUAUUUUUA